AUCUCAUCAAUGCCAUUGGGACGAUUGAUGAAGUGAUGCACAUAAUUCUUAAAGAAUUCGAAUAUCAAAGUUCUCUUGAACUUGAUCAUACGACGUACGACGCGAUUGCUCACAUCCCCUUAUCGUCAAGGAUUGGUAUCCAUGCUCGACAAGAUUUAAUCAGCAGACUCGAACAUUAUCAGGAUUUGGAGCCUGAACUCUUCAAUAAAGCAAUCCAUUUUGUUGACGAAAACGUUAUUCCGAUGGUGCAACGACAUGCCAUUA